UGUAUACAACUUAUGGUUAAGUUCAGAUCCGGGGAUUCAGGUUUCGGAAAAGCUUAAGGGCUGAAUCUAUGGUGGCUCGAUGAUACAAAGUGAACUGACAACCAUAAAAACCAAGUACAGUAAUAUCUACUGUGCAUAUCCAAAUAUACGUUUCUUUGCUUAUUAGAAUAAGGAGAAAAAUCUCAUCAUAAAUCACCCUUUUCAGCACUCUGCUUCACUAUAUACUUUCUGACAUCAGAAACUGAAGGGUGGAGUGCGUGUUGAAGAAUAGUUUGGAUUCAGUGAUAGUGAUUUUGAUUUCCUGGUAACCUAUUGGUUGAGAAAAAUUUUAGGAUCUACAGUCAUUCAGCAGUAUGAAUCUUUGAACUCUGUUGUUUCUGGUUAGAUUUUCAGGCUUGUCUAUCAGAUAGUGAGUUAUAGUGGAAUUUGAUCGAAUCGGUUAUUGGCUCUGUUGAAAAUGAUUGUUGUUCCUCAGCAUCGGGAUCAAAACUAUUUGGAAAGAAGGGCACAUGGCCCUACUCGAUUUGGGUCAUUUGGUUCACCUCCCUCUGGUGGGUUCAUGGAGGUAAAUUGUCGGGCUUUUGAGUCCAGGGCAGGUUUAUAUCAUACCCAAUCGAAGUCUUGCAAGAAACCUGUCAUCAAACGCGCCCUCUCGGGUUCCUUAUCUCCCAAAACGCGACCACCUUUAACAUCACUGCCUGUUAAUACUGUCAAGUCUCAUUCUGAAGAUCAAAAGAAAUCAGGAAAAACAGCCCAAAAUUGCAUGGUUUCGAUACCAUUUAACCUCAAAGUGGAUGUAGGUUCUAGGAAUGAGGAUUCCUUGAAUGAUGAGUUACCGUUUUCUGAACUAUGGGCUGGGCCAGCGUAUUCAAAUUCUCCUCCUCCUAGUUCAUUGCCCAUGCCCAAAUUUUUUCUCAGGCCUAAAAGGAAUGCCUCUCUUGAGUUUCCUACUUCAGCAUGUGAUAUUCAUUUACAUCCCAUUGCCAAGUCUGCACCAGCAUCUCCAACCAGGGAGAGCAGUCUUUCUCCGGGAAUUGUGUAUGACAAUACUGACUCAGUGACACAGACUCUUCGUCGCAUGCUCAACCUUGAAAUUAAUGAUGGAUGAAUGUGUGGUGGGAGUUCUGAAUAGCAGUUAUAUAGGGUAUUAUGUAGUUUUCAUAUUGGGUAAUAGUAGAUAUUUCGUAUGGUGAACAAUUCAGUUUUUAGUUAGUAAGUUACUGUUUCGCUUAGUGUUUGUCAUGGUAGAUCAGUAGUGAAGUUGCAACACCUGUCAAGAUUGAUUAUUUUAAGGGGAAUUCAAUAUGAACAAUGGCUAGUUGAUCAAUACUCUCCUGGUAUAUUCAAAGUUCGUGCAGUCAUGUGCAGACAUGGUUAGACUAUGAGGGGUUCAACAAAUGGAGUAUGUUUGUGCAUUGAACAGUGGAAGAAGAAUCUGGGUGAUGAGUGAGAUGCUCCUAUUACAUUACAGUAAUAGAUAGCUUGUAGUUCUUUGUAGAGGUUGCGUAACUUGUUGCUCAACUAUCUUUGCUGCCCUGGAGAUCAAUUUGUUAUAACCAUCAAUUGUCAUUCUUGAUUCCAGUGUCGUGGGAUUGUUGAUUGCCUCUUCAUGUUCUUUUGAUGUUCUGUAAAUCGGAGAUAUUGUAUAUAUCUUAGACCCUACCAGAUUAGCAUCCCUUUAGACUUCGGGUUUAUUCAGUUACUAGAUCUUAGCCUUUUCAUCCAAUUCUGCAUCCUAACCAUCUCUAUCUCUUAGUAGAUUCAAAUUCUUGACUAGGAAAUAGGACAUUUGGUAUAUCUAAGUCCUUGCUAUUCCUUGAAUGCCUGAAUGGGCUGGUCAUCAUCAUACCUUUGUAUGUAUUGUUGUCAUUUUCUCUUCUCAACUCUGAAUAGGAUAUAUGUCCUACUUCUUCCUCUUGAAGUUGUUUCCCCUUGACCAAUUUUCUGUUUUUUGGGAAUGAAAAUUGGGUAGGGGAAUUAUUAGUCAGUUGUAUCCUUUUCUGUUCCUGGUAUUCGGUAUCUUCCCCUUUUAGCUUUCCUUUUGCCAGUCCAAGUAUGCUAGUUAAGAGGUUUAUUCCUUCACCAAAAAGAAAAUCAUCUUGCCUAUGGAGAUUGAUGAUCACUAGCUACUGAUAAGCACUUUUAGUUGGAGCUGUUGGAAGAAGAUUGUUGAGCGGUUGUUCUCCCUACUCUCACCAUGGUAGCACUACUCGUUAUAUGUCAUUUCAGUGUCUUUAUAAGAUGAUGUCUGUAGGUCAUUCGACCAAACUGGUAGUUACUACUGCAGUAAUUAUCUAGUUAAGUCAUGUUUUAGGUUUUGGAGUUUUACUUUUGUUGUUGAACUUGUUGUUUUUAAGGUAGCAUUUUGAUUAAGACUUCAAUUGUGUUUCUUUGCUUCUGUUGUUUUGUCUCGAAGUCUAUGCUGUUACUAAUGGAGUACCUAUUUUGGUUAUCA